CCACCAUUCUCAUACCUCAACAUAUCUCCUCUCUUUCUUCUGUAUGGUUCACAGAUAAAAGUUAGCCAAGGGUCCUGGCCCUUUAAUUUGUUAACUAAGUAAAGUGCACGAUACUUUAAAUACUAUGGGUCAUCACUCUUGCUGCAACAAGCAGAAGGUGAGGAGAGGGCUGUGGUCACCAGAGGAGGAUGAGAAGCUGAUAAAGUACGUUUCGGCCUUUGGCCAUGGCUGCUGGAGCUCCGUCCCUAAACAAGCUGGGCUGCAAAGAUGUGGGAAGAGCUGUAGGCUGAGGUGGAUCAAUUAUCUGAGGCCUGACUUGAAGAGAGGAAGCUUCUCUCCCCAGGAGGAGGCCCUCAUCAUAGAGCUCCACAGCGUGCUCGGAAACAGAUGGGCUCAAAUAGCCAAGCACUUACCAGGGAGAACAGAUAAUGAAGUGAAGAACUUCUGGAACUCCACCAUCAAGAAGAAACUCAUCAUCUCUCAUUCUCAUCAUCAUGCCAUGGACGCCCGUCGUGCCCUCAUCACCGCUGCUCUCGGCCCUCACGAUCAUCAUCAUCACGUCGCGAACCAAUCCGCUUCCUCUUCUCCCGAGGAAAUGUUAAUGCUACCGACGCCGAACACGUUAUACCCAAAUAACGGCAUGCUAUAUCCCAGCCAAGAUGGUCAUGGCAACCUUUACCUCCCUGCAAUCGAUCAUGCGUCAUCCAUGCCCCAUGGCCAUGGCAUGCUCGUUUACAACGUGGAUAGGCACAGCCAUGCUCUUCCCUCACUAUCUUCAUGGCCUUUAGAACCUCAUCAUCCUAAACUAAACCAUACCGACGAAACAAUUCCCUUGGAUGCCGAUAAGAAGACUGAGACGACAUACAAUCAAACGGUCGACGCUCAAGAGCAUGAUGCUCUUCCAAACUUGACAGCAAUGCUACAAGAUAAUGAUCCGAGCUCAACAUUUUCAUGUUUCUCUCUCAAUCCGCAAGGAUCGCCUAACAAUACAAUUGGCUACAUCAACAUGGACGCGCUCAUGAGAUCAGCCUCGUCUUCUAGUGUGACAUACGACAAUAACCUUGCCAUCAAUCCUAGCCUGCAUUCAGAAUGGCUUGCUUAAUUAGCUAGGUUGAUUUUACUUAAUUAAUUAAGUGUUAGCAUGCAUUAUAAUUUUUUCUUUUUUUUAAACUUCCUUUGCUAGGGUGUGGAGUAUUAUUAAUUAUGGGGUAUAUACAUGGGGGGCGGGGGAUUAAAGCUGAUGAGAAUAAUGGAUGGUUGCAACUUGAUUUCGGUUCAAUAUUGAGCUAUUAAUUUAGCAUGUA